AUGUCAAGCUCCUGGGGCGAACCUUCUUGGACUGCAGAGGAGAGGGCUCGAAGGUACAAGCAAGAGGCAUUAUUUGCCCGCUCUGACGACUGUAUAAAUGAACAUGGAGUCGGAGAACCCAGCUCAAGAGGCACAAUCACACGGUAUCCCUUUUCGGCCCCGAAGCGACGCAGAACUUCUACGACGCUGUCGUUAGGGCGAACAUCGUCUCAGCCGUCUCCAAAUAUGUCACCCCAAUCUAGGCCUGCGCGCGUCAGGAUCAAAAGGGAAGCUGAAAUACAAGCUCUUGAGAACCUGCAAAAGAAGCCACCAGAUCAGAGGGUGAAAAUCUACGUAGGGAAGAACAAUGAAGAGAUUGAAGUGGCCCUCGAAGAUCUUGACAAAUCACCAAUACUGAGGGCUUUGAUCAGCAAACUCGGCGCGCCGGGUCCAUACAUCAUGCAUCCGAAACUGACGACGGUCAAUGUCGACCAUUUUCAAUCCGUCCGCGAGUUUCUACUUACCGACGAAUACAUGCCCGCCCUUGUCGACAACCCUCAUGGAGAGGAUGUGAUCCCUAAACAACUAGACGGCUGCACGUCCGUUGACCACUACGAAAAUGAAGCGCUCAGGGCGGGACAUUUGUAUGUUCUUGCAGAGAAGCUCGGGAUGGGCACGCUGCGGGCCCUCGUCUUUCGGAAAAUCACGCAGGCGCAAUUCCACAAGUACGGCAUCAGAUGUCUUCUUGACUUGGCCAUGGUGACGUUCUCGAGACCCCAGGAGAGCGACAUGAAUGGAAAAGGCAGGUGCAAGCGUGACGAAGACGACCACAACGAUGAUGAAGGGGAUGCUCUGGAGAAUUGGCUCGUCGAAGCGUUGAAGAACCAGUUUCAGGCGACCAUGAUCCAUCACGCUCAGCAUUUCUUUCGCGUUGCGAAUCACAGUGCUUGUAAGAAACGAGGAUUUGGGGUCAGGGUUCUCAGAAGCAAAGUUGAGGACUGGGAAGCACUAGGCCCAGAUUUCAUCGCAAGUGAAGACGAUGAUUGA